GGGUUACUGAAAACAUCCUGCUCGGAGCGCUGCCAGCACCUUCUGGUUUCGGAGGCUGACAGUUCUGUAUUACAUUGUAACAUCCCCGGGCUCCGAUCAUGCUGGCUGGUAACUCUCUCCUUGGAAACAAAGUGGCUACCGGUCUCCUGUUUGUCUUCUUCAUAUCUGUGAAUGUUUGUGCUGGGGAUUAUAAAGAAGAUUCCUCACAGAUUCAGAGAAAUGAUCAACAUUUCAAUGAAAGGCAAUUAGAUUUGAAGGAGAUCGUUUUUGUCAUUCAAAGCCAAAGCAGUUCUUUCCACGCAAAACGCGCAGAAGGAUACAGAGAAGAACUGCUACAACAGGCCAGAAGCCUUGAACAGAAUCUUCCUCCUGUACUACUUAUUCAUGAAGUGACAGAAAAUGAAGGAGACUGGAGUAUUCUGCCUUUGUUACCACAUUUAUCUGCUUCCUAUGGAAGGAACUCAUCUUGGAUUUUCUUCUUUGAAGAAGAAACAAACUUGAACAUCGGUAAACUUCUUCAGAUUUUGAGGAGGUUUGACAAGGAUAAGGUAUGUUUGUUUUUCAUCUUAAAUUUGUUGACAAGUAAUUGUUUUACACUUACUGUAGGAGGGAAAGGCUUCCUGAGUUACUUGUUUUGCUUUCCUACCAAACAUUCUAGAAAGCUUGCAAACAAAGUGAAAGAUGAACCACUUAAAUCAGAUUUCACUAUUGACUUGAAGCAUGAGAUUGCACUUUACAUUUGGGAUAAUGGGAAAGGUCCAAGUUUAACACCAGUCCAAGAGCUAUGCACAGAAGAGGAAGGUUCUCCCAGAGCUGACAACUGUGCAACUACAGUCAACACAUAUCUCCCGUAUUGUGGAGAUCCUGUGAAAAAGGAGGAUAUCUUUAUUGCAGUGAAAACAUGCAAAAAGUUCCAUAAAGAGAGGGUUCCUGUUGUGAAGAAGACCUGGGAGAAACAUGCUGCUUUGAUUGAGUACUACAGUGAUUACGCAGACUCUUCAAUACCAACCAUAGACUUGGGGGUGCCCAACACAGAGAGAGGGCACUGUGGAAAGACAUUUGCUAUUUUGAAGAGAUUUGUGAGCAAAUCUGCCCCAAAGACAAACUGGCUGCUGAUUGUGGAUGAUGAUACGCUCAUCAGCAUCCCAAGACUGCAGAAACUGCUGAGCUGCUACAAUCCUAGUGAGCCAAUCUGCCUAGGAGAGCGCUACGGCUAUGGACUGGGAUUAGGGGGCUACAGCUACAUCACCGGAGGAGGUGGGAUGGUGUUCAGCAGAGUGGCAGUGGCGAGGCUGCUGGGCAGCGGCUGUCAGUGCUACAGUAACGACGCCCCUGAUGAUAUGGUCCUGGGGAUGUGCUUCAACGCGAUGGGAGUCCCUGUGACACACAGUCCACUCUUUCAUCAGGCAAGGCCUGAAGAUUACGCAAAGGACUUUCUUGCCCACCAAGUUCCCAUUUCUUUUCACAAGCACUGGAACAUCGAUCCAGUCUCUGUCUUUCAUAAAUGGUUAGCCGAGGACCAGGGUGACAGACCAGCAGAGACAGUGCUCAGAGGCACAAGGCAAGAGUUAUAAUGUCUGGAACUUAGAACCCCAUGACAUGUUGUGCGUAUUUGUAUAUCUGUGUUGUUGGAAGAGCUACAAGAAAGUGUUUAUAUGAUUGGGCAUUUUUCAGUUGCGGACAAUUUUGAAAUAGUUUUUUUUUUUGCUUUCCAUUUUCUACAUGUACAUGGAAUUUUUCCAACUGCUGUUCAGCCUAAACCACCUCCAUUGACCUCUGGGAACAAAAGACACGCACAACUCCACAUUUUGCACUGCAGAAUUCUCCGUCAGCUGGGGGGAGACGGACGUAACUCCUGUGUGCUCCUCGCAGAUCCCCGACACCAUGUCGGUAACAGGUUGCACAGGUGCUGGUAACCCACUCUCUCUCUCUCUCAUUAGCGCUCUGCCUGAUUUGUUAGCUUCCACAAUGCCACUCCUCAGAUAGGCGGUCACUGCUGCGCCACUCUUUCUGUGCUUUUGGUGGAGGCAUAGAUUUUGCUGGAUCUGCCACUCUGGAAGACUCUUGGAAAUUUUAAGAGAAAAAAUUCUUAUUUUGAAGUGAGAUGAAAAUGAAAAUACCAUCAGUGAAAAGGAGAAAGAGCAAAAAGGGAAGAGGCUGCGACAGCCAUUUACUUAAGAAUAAUGUCCAUGGCAUUGUAGUGUGUAUAAAAAAAACUGUACGUAAAUGUAGUCUGUCAGAUGAUUGAGAAAUGAGAUGAAAGGGUACAGGCAGUAGAACUUGAAUGCUGAUGUGUUUCAUUUAAUGUGUACUUAAUGUUUUAUUUUCCUGUAAUAUGCAUAUAAAACUGUAUGCAAUCUCUUGUAAAGUUAUGAGUUUCGAAUUUUUACGAAGUAAAAUUUCUAUAAUGUUAAUAACA